CAAAAGGAACGAGAGAUAAAAAAUGCACCUAGCUUUUUAAAAGCAAACAUCUGGGAACAUUUUGGCUUUUAUGAAAAAAGUAGGAAGCACGAAUUGGACAAGUCAUACGCUGUGUGUAAAAUCUGUCACACAAAAAUUAAAUAUCUAGGGAAUACUACUAAUCUGAGAAACCACGUCAGCCGUUUUCACCCAGAAAUGCUAAAACCUACCACCACCACCACCACCAAGGAAAUGAACCCAGAUCAGCCAAGAAUUGAUGCAAUGUUACAGUCAACUUUGCCGCCCAACUCUGAAAAGGUAAAGAGAAUAACAAAAGCUGUGGCAGCUUUCAUAGCGAAGGACCUGCGCCCUUACUCUGUUGUGGAAAACAGUGGGUUUCGCUACCUUUUGAAGACGAUAGAGCCGCGUUACAAGAUCCCGUCACGAAGUCACUUUACAGAAAACGUCAUACCUGCACUCUACCACGAAACCAAAGCUAAGAUAAUUGCAUCAAUGAGCCAAGCAAGUCGAGUCGCAAUAACGUGUGAUUCCUGGACUUCAGUCACGACAGAGUCUUAUGUUACAAUAACAGCACAUUACGUUAGUAAGGACUGGCAGAUUUUGUCGCAUGUACUGCAAACGAGAGCCAUUUAUGAGUCUCACACGGGUGCUCAUCUGGCAGAGCUACUUUCUCAUGUUGUGGAAGAAUGGCAGCUGUCCGAUAAAUCUGUAGUGCUUGUGACCGACAACGCGUCAAACAUGAUAGUUGCAGCUCAAGUUGGAAAAUUCCCCCAUGUGAAAUGCUUCGCCCAUACACUGAAUCUUGCAUCCCAGCGAGCGUUGAAAGUGGCCACUCUCUCUAGGCUUCUUGGCAGAGUACGUCGGAUAUCCACAUUCUUUCACUGCAGCACUAGAGCAAGCCACUGUCUAAAAGAGAAACAGAAAUGUCUUGGCCUGAAGAAUCAUAAGCUGAUAACUGAUGUGGCAACAAGAUGGAACAGUGCAUACGACAUGGUCGAGAGGUUCUUGGAACAACAACCUGCAGUCUGUGCCACCUUGCUGUCUCCAGAAGUCAGAAGAGGAGAGUCCGAUCUCUGCACUCUAAACGAAACAGAUGUGUCAAAUGCAGAGGACGCCGUGAGUGCAUUAAAGCCAAUGAAGGAUGCAACCAUGCUGAUGUCAGAAGAGCGCAAUCCAACAGUUUCUCUCAUUGCCCCUAUAAAUGCACAACUUCUCCAGAGCAUGACAGACACGAUGGGAGACACACCCAUGAUCCAUGAGAUCAAGAAUUCUAUUAGAACAGAUCUCCAGAAGAGGUACAGCAGUGAGGCCGAGAAGAAGAUCCUUCAUACAGCCUCUGCACUGGAUCCUCGCUUUAAGGGACUGCCUUUCAUCCUCACAGAUGAAGAAAGAUUGGAGAUAUUUAAAGGAGUCACUGAGGAAGCUGCAUCCUUGGAGAUUACAUCAGAUGAGAGUGAGAGGACACAAGAGGAUCAUCAAGUGCCUAGAAGAAAACGAACUCUGGAAGAAGAGGACAGUUCACCCAUCGAAGACAACCAUUCUCCACCAUCUCCUCCCAAAAAGGCCAGAUAG